UAAGCUGUCAAGUGUCAAAUCAAAAGCCAACAUUUUAUCGGGCUGAUUCUGGAAGGUGGAAGCUUAUGAAACAUAUUUUAAGAGAUUAUAAAACGUUUUACUAGUGCGGUAACCUCUGGGACCGCAUCUGAACGGCAUGUAGCGCAAUGCGGCCAGCGCGCGCGCCAUGGCCGGCGAGUACGCGCUCGUGAGCGAGCUCGAGCACGAGGAGCCGCUGGAGCUGCCGCUGGAGGCGGACGGCGCGCUGCUGCUGAGCACCGUGCGCGCGCAGUUCCCCGCCGCGUCCGGGCUCAAGUACCGCGCGCCCGGCGGCCGCCUGCGGGGCCUGCGCCUGGUGGACGGCCGCCUGGCGCCGCCGCCCGCCGGCUGGCCCUCCGCGCGCUACCACUGCGCCGCGCCGCCGCCCUCGCCCCCCCCGCCGCCGCCCCCGCGGCCCCAGGACCUGGUCGUGCUCGGCCUCCCGUGGCGCACCGGCGAGGACGCCGUGCGAGACUACUUCGCCAGUUUUGGUGAGCUCGAGAUGGUGCAAGUGAAGCGCGACCCGCGCACGGGGCUAUCGAAAGGCUUCGGCUUCAUCAAGUUCACGUCGUGGGAGGCGCAGGCGCGCGCGCUGGCGCGGCGGCACCUGGUGGACGGGCGCUGGUGCGACGUGCGCGUGCCGGGGCGCGGCGGCGGCGCGGCCCCGCGCAAGGUGUUCGUGGGCCGCUGCACCGAGGCCCUCACUGCUGAAGAUCUGCGAGACUACUUCACAGCAUUUGGACAAGUCACAGAUGUGUUUGUGCCGAAACCAUUCCGUGCCUUUGGAUUUGUAACUUUUAUGGAUGCAGAAGUGGCCCAGUCCCUAUGUGGUCAAGAUCACAUUAUUAAAGGUGUCUCUGUGAACAUAGCAUCAGCAUCUCCAAAGCGAGAGAGAGCUGCUGCGGCCCCCGGCUGGGCGCCGUACUGGCCUCCUGGGGCUGGCCCGGACCAGAAACCGUACCUCAAAUAUGAGUGAUGUCACUAUAUGCUAUUGCUGUACAUAAUCUGCUCAUAUGAGCCCAUUGUUGAUCACUAUAAAAUUUUAUAUCAAAAUCAUAAAUGUACAUAUUAUAGUAUAAAAUAUAAUUCAAGUUGCAAUCUGUCUUUAAGUA